UCGAUAUGCUGUAACCCACAUCUCUGCUAGCUUAUCUUUAGUAUGACCCUCGCACAAACCAUUCUCACAUUUUUUCGGCUUAUUAUUCAAUAGAGAAAUUAUAACUGAAACUCAAAGAGCUCCACUCCACAAAUGAACAGCAUUGGCGAGGAUUGCAAUGAGCUGAAGAAGCAGUACGACGCCUGCUUCAACAGCUGGUUCUCGGAAGGCUUCCUUAAGGGCCAGACAGAUGACUCGGGCUGCGCGCCGAUUUUCCGGGUCUAUCAGGAGUGCGUCAAGCGCGCCAUGAGGGAGCAAAAGAUCGAGCUGCGGGAGGUCGGAUCUGAGUACUGCACCGGCUCGGAGUACGACAAUGCGAGCAGUUCCGGCGGAAAGACGCAACACAAGACCAAAAGUUGACCCGUUACGCAGCUCCAGCAUCCUGGCAACGGCCUUGAAUCCACAGUGGGCCAGAACCCGGGACACAAUGACCUCACCGGUAAACAGCGCCGGCACCAGAGUGGAGGAACAGCCUAGGUCUACCACGUACCAGAAGCAGCUUUGGUUUAGUUCCAUGACUCGUAUCCGUAGAGCUAUACCUUAUGUAAAUUAUUUAGUGAAUGUUUUAUAUUUAUAAUUAAGUUCAAAAAGCGAACUAUAAAAAUUGUUAUAUUCAGACAACA